CAAAUUUAUUGAGGAAUUAAUUCUGAAAGGGCAAAAUGAGGAAGAGGGAUUGUCAUUAUCUUGGCAUUCCAACAGCCUUUGACCAUGAGCGUCUGCUGAAAUCUGCUCGAGUGUGUGAAGUGAACAAGAGGAAGCACAUCUGCUUCAGAGACAAGGUGGCAGAGAACAUUUAUGGCAUGUUUCACACACGAUACACUCUUCACCGUCAGGCCCUUCAACACAAGAUCGGCUACAUCAUCGAUGUCAAGAUAAGGGAUGCGUUUGUACUUGCUGAUGACAUGCUGGAGAUCUCACAUGCCAUAGAUGACAUGCUGGAGUAUACAAAACUCACAGAUCACAUCUUUGAUCAGAUCUUGAACAAGCCAAACACACUUCUGAAAAAGUGUGUUGGAGAGGCCAAAUUGAAUGAAAAUAAAUUACAGAGAAUACUGGAGACCAGCUUGGAGGGAAUGUCUGAUGACGACAAGAUUGAAAAGUAUAAGGAAAUCCUUAGUGAAAGCUGGAAGGAAAAUCUCAAAGAGUACAAACUGACGGCUUCUGACUUUGUCAUUUGUGUAUCCAAGUCAGAGAUUCAUAAAUGGCUUGUUAGUGUGAACUACAAUAUACCCGAUCAGGAUUAUCUGAAGGUCCAGCUGGAAGCUGAGGAGUGCUUUCAUAAGUGGUGUGAGGAAGAGGAGUACAUUGAUUCAGCCCGAAGCAUUCUGAGAGACGUUCUCAACAGACGGCUGCCAAAGUUUGUGGGAGAGGCCCGACUGAAGGAAGAUGAAUUAAAGCAAAUACUUGGGGACAGAUCUGAACCCCAGCCUAAAGCUUCCAAGAUCAAAGACUAUAAGUGCCUGCACUCAAUCGCUCUGGCACGCGAGACACUUUGA